AUGAGUAGUCAGGAAUCGGUCACUUUGAAUGUGGGAGGGAAGAUAUUCACAAGGUUUUCUACCAUAAAGCAGUUUCGGUUGACACAGAUGUUAGAUGGCAGAGACCAAGAAUUCAAGAUGAUGGUGGACAGAGAUGGUGUUUUGUUUAGUUUCAUCUUAAAUUUUUUGAGAACUCAACAGCUUCUAUUACCUACUGAUUUUUCAGACUAUCUUAGGCUUCAGAGAGAAGCUCUUUUCUAUGAGGUUGAUCCUCUGGUUGAUCUCUUAAACCAAGAACUCCUGCUACAGCCAAGACCUGCUCUUGUGGAGGUACAUUUCCUAAGCUGAAACACAGCCUUUUUCAGGGUGUUUGUCUCUUGCAGCAAAACAACUGACAUGCUAACUGGGAGGAUUACAGUGUUUAUAGAGCAACCUUCAGCACUGACCUGGAGUAGUAACUCUUGUCCUCCUCAGAUGACCUUACUUCCAUUGCCUCCACAAAAACCUUACCAUGACCUGGUUUUCCAGUGUGGCUUGGACCGUGUUACUGACAACCAAAUUGUAGUCAGGUAUGUUUCUAUAAAACCUGAUAACCGAAAAUUGGCCAAUGGAACUAAUGUCCUUGGCUUAUUGACUGAUACUUUAUUAUUGGAAGGCUUCCAUCUGUUCAGCACUAGAACAGUAUCUUCUGAAGACACUGAAUGCUAUAGUUUUGAAAGAAUAAAAAGGCCUGAAGCUCUCGCCAUGAGCAAAGCAGUGAAACCAGAGGCUGCCAUCAUGCCAGAGCAAUCUCAGAAAAAGAAAUGA